GCAACCUGACCAAAGCAAUAGCCUUAUUAUUUUUUUCUUUUCCAACCACAAUAACCGAUUCUCCUAUCGGGGGCGACAAGAGAAGAAAAGGGGGAAAAAAGGGAAAUGUCUCCAGAGGAGGAGAGCUUCGCCGGGGUUAACCCCGAGCGCCUCGCCAUGCUCCAGGCAAGGGAGAACCCCGUACCGAGAGAUUUCCCCAGUAGAGGUCGAAGUCGAGAUCGAGAUCGGGGUCGCAGCUGGGGCCGAGGCCGAAGAGGCGGAGGUGGUGGUGGUAGGGGAGGCUAUCAAGCGAACGGGCGAAGAUUCGCCUUUAACAGAGGUGUUGGUUCUCCAGCUGCGGCGAAUGGUGGGACUAAAGAGUCUACCCCGGCCGAGGAACAGCUUUCGGGAGCGGAGAUGAGGCUAGCGUUUAAGAGGAACCAGGAGAGGAGGAGUGGCGCUGUGGUUGAGAAUUGUGCGAAUGGUGUGGAUGAGAAGGAGAGGAAGAGGAAGUGGGGUGACGAGGUUUGAAUUCCUUCCUUUGGGUAGGGGAGGGGCAUUUACUGACUAUGCAUAGGAUACUGCCACGGUUGGGUCUUCAUCCGGGGCCUCCAAAAAGAUGAAGAACGACGUGACCAACGGUGUCGCUGCCAUUACUAACGGCGCUCCAACUAUGGAUAAGAGGCGGAGGCACAAGAGGAAAAAGAGGGAUAAGAAGGCGGAAAGGGCAAAAAAGCGUGCAGUAAAAUUAGAAGAAGAGCCCACGCCCGCCGGCAGAGCCCUCUCCGCAUCUGAGCAACUAGACGACGACCAAAACCUCUCCAGGGAGGCCAGAAAAGCUGCAAAAAAAGCAAAGAAGGAAAAAAAGGAAAAGCGGAAGGCCGCGAAAACCGGAGAACUUGUCAAUGGUGAUGCAGGGUCCAGUGAAGAUAUUUCCAAAUCUAGGGUAUUAUAUUAUACGGAUCUCUUCCCCCCGCAGACCGCAAUGCAGACUAACCAACCAUACCGCAGAAACCCAAAAAGGACAAAAAGUCAAAAACAGACAGAUCCAAAGAGCCUUCCUAUUCGCCCACGGAUCCUGCACCCGCCAAAAAGUCCAAGAGAUCCAAAACAGUUAGCUUUUCCCAAUCCCACAUUUUAACUCUUAGCGUUGACGACGCUCAGGAGAUCUCGGCAGGAGUAGGAGGAGCGCGAGCGGAGUCAAAGUGGACUACAGCAGCAGCAGACCUCCCCGGCGACGAUCAACGAAAGUCAAAGUUCCUGCGAUUGUUAGGUGCUGGUGCGGGCGCUGGCGCUUUGCCGGCUACCAAUGGUUCGGCUUCGUCGCCAUCUACCAAGACUAGAGAGAAAGAGCUUGAGAGGCAGUACGAUGCUGGGCUUAAGAUGAAGGCAGAGAAGAAGCGGAGGGGUCUUGGUGCGUAGUGGGGCAGGUUCUGUCUUUUUUUUUUUAAAAAAAAAGGAAGUAACGAAAGUAAUGGUGGAGGUUGGUUUAUGAGACAUUAUGGUUGGUUAGUGUUCCCCAUCCGUGAUGGGUGAUGGAAAAAAAAAGGGUUGAAGUUAUGCGGUAGAAAUGGAUUUAUCUAUAUAGGGCAAUGGU